CUCCAAGUAUGGCUAACAGUAAAAUUUCUUUGAUCACAGGCCCGAUGUUUGCUGGGAAAACGACUGAACUACUAAGCAGAAUCUCUACUCAUAAGGCCAAUGGGCUGAAAUGUCUCCUGAUUAAGUACAAUAAAGAUGAGAGGUAUGGCUCUGAUGUAGUGCAGACUCAUGAUAAGGUGAAAAUGGACGCAAUUUCUUGAAACGAGCUGGCUGAAGUCUCUCUUAAUGCUGAGUAUUAUGAUGUGAUUGGUGUUGAUGAAGGUCAGUUCUUUGAAGAUAUCGCUGAAUUUAGCGAGAAGAUGGCUAAUAAGGGAAAGGAAGUGAUCAUUGCAGCCCUCAGUGGUACUUUUGAACGUAAAAAUUUUGCAAAAAUUCCUGAUUUAUUACCAAUUGCUGAAGAAAUAGUUAAGCUUUCAGCUGAUUGUAGUGAAUGACCAAAUCCAGCCUCUUUCACUCUGAGGAAGUCUCAGUCAAAAGAGACAGUACUAAUAGGAGGAUCUGAAGUUUAUAAACCUGUAUGCAGAACUUGAUAUCUCAAAAAUCUUAAAAGCCAGAAACCUGUUGAAAGCAUCAACAAAGAUACCAGAACAAGCCAAAAAUUUAACUCCGAUUAUGUCCUUGGCACUGAAAAGGAUAUAUUCUAAUUUGACUAAUCUUGUUAGUUCGCUAAUAUAUUAAUAUUUCAGC